AUGGUGUACAUGACUGUUUUGUUCAUCGGGUGUCUUCUUAUGGUUGGACAAUGUCGUCGCCCUGAGCCUGAGAGCAUCUACCAAGAUGGCCGUGCCAACACAACUAUGGCGGUCUCGUCAUUAGAUGACAGCAAAAUUACCGUGAAAUUUUGUCUUCCUAGAAAUUGUACAUCUAAAGGUGAAUUCUGGGGCUGGGAUCCAGAGUGCUACUGCUGCCUCACCAAGCCGGGUGUACCGUGUUUUCAUACCGCAGAGGAGUGUCAGAAGAAAUGCCCACCAUUGAAAUAA